AUGUAUAAUUUCAAUAAGUUUAUAUGGGUACUCUGGCAACCAACUAUCAAAUCUCUUGAUGAAUCGUUUUUUGAUGCGGGAAAGGGUGGUGCUGGUAAUGAAGUUUUGAGAUUUUUGCUCGGUGGAUUCACGGCACGUACUCGUGACAUUGGAAUCAUACUUCUAUCAUGGGCCUCACAAGUGGUUAUCUUGAGCCAUCCAUCUGUGGGUGCCUUCCUAUCUCACUGCGGAUGGAACUCGACUCUAGAGAGCAUAGUGAAUGGAGUGCCUAUAAUCAUAUGGCCACUAUAUGCUGAGCAAAGGCUAAAUGGGACUCUCCUCACCGAGGAGAUUGGGGUGGUGGUUCAGCCAAAGGAGUUGCCACCGAAGAAGAUUGUGGGGAGGGAGGAGAUAGAGAAGUUGGUGAGGAUGGUAAUGGUGGAGAAAGAAGGGCAUGCGCUAAGAGCUCGAGUUAGAGAUCUCAAGAGUAGCGCACUAAAAGCUGUGGCAAAAGGUGGUAGUUCCUACGAGUCUCUAUGUAAGAUGAAGGAAGAUUGCCAAAUUAGGAUCCGACACAUCAAGAAGGCUCAUUAA